AUGGUCACCUCUCUGCUGCUGGCUCACCACAGAGUGCACACUGGUCUGAAGCCCUAUGUCUGUCCCCAGUGCAAGAAGUCUUUUGAGGAUUGGUCAAAGCUGACACACCAUCAGAGAAUUCACAUAGAUGAGCGUCCCUUCUGCUGCUCCAACUGCAGUGACGGCUUUAAUCAGAAGACCUCCCUGACCCAGCACAUCCACCUGCACACACGGGAAAAGCCUUAUAUGUGUGGGGAGUGUGGGGAGAACUUCAACCUCUGUAGCAAGCACAAGCCCCAGGCACCACUUCAGGGCUCCACUGUUCAUCUGCCCUCCCUCAUUCCUGCUCCACUCACCCCAUCCCCUGCAUUCCCGCUGCAUCAGGGACUCCUGCAGAGUCCAGAUUCCAAGUUCACCCUGGGUGGUGCACCAAAGGCGGCCACGGCUGCCAAGUUCAUCUGCUUUGGCUGUGUCCAGUGUGGGAAGCGCUUCCCCCAGAGCUCCUCCCUGAUCCAGCACAGAAAGAUCCACUUAGCCAAAAAGCCACCCCUGUAUGCGGAGUAUGGCCGCAGCUUUCAUCAGCACGUGCACCUGGUCACCCACCAGCGCGUGCACUCCAGGGAAUGGCCAUUUGCCUGCCCGGAGUGCAAGGAGAGCUUUCGGGAGGCCUGGAGGUUGACCAGGCACCGUCAGGCCACCCAUCCGGCAGCUCAGGAGGCUGGGGGACAGGGGGUCCAAGAGCCAUCCGAAUGUGGGACGUGUGAGAAGCAGUUCAGGCAGCAGGCUGCUCUCGAUCAGCACAGGCAGACGCAGGGCGCAGACCGGCCCUACUGCUGCGGCCAAUGUGCACGUGGCUUUGGAGAGAGCACCAAACUCCUUCACUACCAGAGAACCCACACUGGAGAGAAGCCCUACCGCUGUCUCCAGUGCAGGAAGGCUUUCAGCCAGAGAUCUAACCACACCAGACACCAAAGGACCCACGUGGUGCAGCCUUAG